AUGGAGUCGGCUUGCGAGGGCCCUAACCAGGGCGACAUAGCUGAUCUCAGCGUCCUCAGCAUCCAGAAGUUGCUUAGCAAUGACCCUGAGGAAGCAAUCAGACUGUUUUCUGCCUGUCCAAAAUGGGGCUUCUUUUAUGUUGACUUGGCCUCCAACGCGACUGAGCUAUACCGGGCAUCAACCGACCAUCUUCAGGGGUUCGCCGUCCAGUAUUUCAACCAGCCCUUGGAGGAGAAGAUGCAGGAUACCAACGAGGCUUGGGAAACAUUCAACAUCUGCGGUUACAAACCACGAAGCCUUGAUACUGGCAAUGUGGAAGGCAAGAAAGAUGGAUGCGAAGGCCUCAGGCUGCCAGCCGACGUCAUCCUGCUUCGAGAAACUCCUUUACAGUUUCCUCGUGGCGCCGAAAUGCACCGAGACCAGACGGGCACCUUCAUUGAGCAGUCAUACGCCAUUGCAAUCUUGAUUUUGAGCCGGCUAUCAGAUAACCUGGGUCUAACGGGUGCUUCGCGGCUAGAAAAUCUUCACAGAGCAGACCGGCCGUCCACGUCGACCGCCGUUUUGCAACACUAUCCAUUUGAAGGAGACCUGCCAGCAGACACGAGCACCGGUCACUUUACACAUACAGACACGGGCAGCGUGACGAUUCUUUUCAACACGGAAUGGGGCCUGCAAGUCUGCAGCCCUUACAGCGAGGAGUGGAAGUACGUGCCGCCAGCCAAAGGCACGCGUGCCAUUGUAAACAUUGGCGACACGGUCAAGUUCUUGACGGCCGGCCGCCUCAAAUCCUGCCUGCAUCGAGUGGUGCCUUAUCUCGACCGUUGGACGCGCGGCUCGCGCUACGCAAUCAUUUCCUUCCUCCGGGCCAACAACGAUGUCGAGUUCGAAGAUAUCGAGGACCGGAGGGGGAACGCCAAAGAUUGGCUCAACAGGAAAUUCCUGAACUAUCGGUCACCCCACGAAGUGCAGAAACAGAACCCGAUGGCUACUGGUAGACUUGGAUUUGUUGGACUUUGGAGACCAGGAACGACUGCCUAUUAG